UCCCUUUUUUAAACUGAAAGAGGAUGCACAGGAGGCGAAAUUGAACAUUUUUUUUUUGUUGGCUUUUGUUUACCUGGCGUGUGUGGCAACCGGCUCGCUCCCUCUCUCUGCUUGCUAUCCCUGACCUUUCUUUCUUUUUGCUCCUUUUCAAAAAAAUAUUAAUUUCCCCCUUCUGUGCAAUGGAGCGUGGAGGGGGGAGGAGGGGGAAGGGUUUGAGAAUCCACCCAAGCCCGGCCCCUAUUCCCCAGAACACCAAUAAUAACCCCCUUUAAAACAUUUACCUUCCUCCCUGCUCCUCCCCCUCCCCCCUCCCCCCACCCGCCCCCAACUCACAACUCUGUUGAGUCCAGAAGCUCAGAAUCGGGCGUUGGGCUUUGCCGGGUGCUUCAGAUCAAUGGAUGAGUUCCACCCGUUCAUCGAGGCGCUGCUGCCUCACGUCCGCGCCUUCUCCUACACCUGGUUCAACCUGCAGGCGCGGAAGCGCAAGUACUUCAAGAAGCACGAGAAGCGGAUGUCGAAGGACGAGGAGCGGGCGGUGAAGGACGAGCUGCUGGGCGAGAAGCCCGAGAUCAAGCAGAAGUGGGCAUCCCGGCUGCUGGCCAAGCUGCGCAAAGACAUCCGGCCCGAGUUCCGAGAGGACUUUGUGCUGACCAUCACCGGCAAGAAGCCCCCCUGCUGCGUGCUCUCCAACCCCGACCAGAAGGGCAAGAUCCGGCGGAUUGACUGCCUGCGCCAGGCCGACAAGGUGUGGCGGCUGGACCUGGUCAUGGUGAUUUUGUUUAAGGGGAUCCCCCUGGAAAGUACUGAUGGGGAGCGGCUCUACAAGUCGCCCCAGUGCUCGAACCCCGGCCUCUGCGUCCAGCCACAUCACAUUGGAGUCACAAUCAAAGAACUGGAUCUUUAUCUGGCUUACUUUGUCCACACUCCAGAAUCCGGACAAUCAGAUAGUUCAAACCAGCAAGGAGAUGCGGACAUCAAACCACUGCCCAACGGGCACUUAAGUUUCCAGGACUGUUUUGUGACUUCCGGGGUCUGGAAUGUGACAGAGCUGGUGAGAGUAUCACAAACUCCUGUUGCGACAGCAUCAGGGCCCAACUUCUCACUGGCCGACCUGGAGAGUCCCAGCUACUACAACAUAAACCAGGUGACCCUGGGGCGGCGGUCCAUCACCUCCCCUCCUUCCACCAGCACCACCAAGCGCCCCAAGUCCAUCGAUGACAGUGAGAUGGAGAGCCCUGUCGAUGAUGUCUUCUAUCCUGGUACAGGCCGCUCCCCAGCAGCCGGCAGCAGCCAGUCCAGUGGCUGGCCCAACGAUGUGGAUGCAGGCCCGGCUUCUCUAAAGAAGUCAGGAAAGCUGGACUUCUGCAGUGCCCUCUCCUCUCAGGGCAGCUCCCCGCGCAUGGCUUUCACUCACCACCCGCUGCCUGUGCUUGCUGGAGUCAGACCAGGGAGCCCCCGGGCCACGGCGUCGGCGCUGCACUUCCCCUCCACAUCCAUCAUCCAGCAGUCGAGCCCGUACUUCACGCACCCGACCAUCCGCUACCACCACCACCACGGGCAGGACUCGCUGAAGGAGUUUGUGCAGUUCGUGUGCUCGGACGGCUCGGGCCAGGCCACCGGACAGCCCAACGGUAGCGGCCAGGGCAAAGUCCCGGGGUCAUUUUUGCUACCGCCGCCGCCUCCAGUGGCCAGACCUGUGCCCCUUCCUAUGCCUGAUUCCAAAUCCACCAGCACUGCCCCAGACGGCGCCGCCUUGACUCCUCCAUCACCUUCAUUCGCAACGACAGGCGCCUCCUCUGCCAACCGGUUUGUCAGCAUCGGACCCCGGGACGGCAACUUUCUGAACAUCCCACAGCAGUCUCAGUCCUGGUUCCUCUGAUAAGAUCGACAAAAAGAAAUGACAAAAUGUAAAGAAGAGGUUCCUCAAACGGGGGGAGAAGAAAUUUUGAGACGUGGAAAAAUCCCCCAGCCCAGCCCCACCGAAAAGCAAAAAUUAGACGUCGUCAGCCACUCAGCCCUUCUCUCCUCCAGCCCGGGGAGCCCUGCAGGCCCCCAGAAGCAGCCCAGUUCUCGGAGAGCCCUCGGAAGAGGUCUCGGGGGAGCUGUGCACCAGCAGCCAAGCAGAAAGAAACAUGCAAACGGACUCUGUUAAGUAGAGGACAGAAAGAAAGAAAGGAUGCAGCAGAACUGCCUUUCUCCCCUCCCUACCCCGCCCGACCUUCCGGGGAAGGAACAAAAUCAACCCAACAAAGAAACCAGCACAGUUCUAAAGGGGCCUGUCCUCCACCCUCACCCUUUUUAGGGGAACCCCACCCCCAACUUGGGCCGGAGCUUCACUAGGGAGCCCGGGGGACAAGCUUGUACAAAUGAUGGGGGGCAGAUCCAGAGGGUUUCUCCCUCCAGACUCCGCCCCCUCCCUGCCUGUCUACCCGCCCCCCCCAGCCCCCACUGCCUUGGCCUCUGGCUUCUUCCCCCAGCUGCUCUGGACUAGGUGAGGCCGGUGCCUUCCUGGUUUCCCUGCCCUACCUUCGGGCUACAAGCCCCUGGGGCGGGGGGCAGGGAGAGGCCCCUGGAGCUAGUUUCUUGCUCCUGCAAUGGAGGGUGUCCUGUCACCCCACCCUGAGCUUCGGGGUUAGUUUCAGGGCCCCAGACCCCUCUGUACAGUCCAUAGGAAAAAGUCGGAAUGCUACAACAGCCCGUCCCAGCCUGGGACAGGCCCCCUCUUCCCGCCCUCUGCAGGCCGGGAAAAUCACUCUCUCGCCGCGCCACGAGUGAGGGGAGGUGGGCCCCAGGGUCGCCCCCACACCCCAGCCCCGCAUGCAGGUGCCCUCGCUCCGCCCCACCGGUCCCUGCCCCUGCCCCUCACGCAGACAGCCCUGCUGUGGCCGGGCCGGAGAGUGGAGCAGAAAGGGGACCCCGGAGCCGAGCGAGGAGGACGAGGCAGCCGCCGCUGCCACCGGCUAAGCCGCCCACCUGCGCUAGGUAGGCGUCCUGCUCGUCGCCGACUUUCAGUUCCUUUGGAGGGUGUUGGGUGUUGUCCUUUUUCAAAAGUUUUUUUGGAGCUUUCUCUGUCCCCCCCCCCCAACCCCACUUUCUCCACCAUAUGGGCCUCUUGGCCACUUCUCUCUGGAUUUCAGCUGUAAUGUCUUUACUCUUUCUUUAGGGGUGGGGCAUUCAUUGUUUGGGUCUUUUGCCGUCGCAACUGGGAACUCCUCCAUUUGAGCAACUUGGGGACAAUUUGGUAACACACCACAGGAAGUAGCUCUCCCCCCUCCCCCUGCAGCCCCUUCCUCCCCCACCAAGGGAUGGUUGGGGACCUGUCCAGAGGGUCUUCCGAAGCCCCCUGGGAGGGAGGGAAGCAAGAGCAUGCCCAGCCCCCCUCCAGGGUGUGACUUGGCCCCUCUGGCUUGUCUUUCUGUGCCUUACUCCCUCCUCCCUGCAUCUCCCUUCCUCGGCCCCCUUCUGGAGUCCUCGUGCCUCUCUCUCUCUUUCUUAACUGUAUGAAAACACAAAGCACAGGUCAGGAUCCUCUGAAAGUCAGUCAACCCAACAUUGCACCGUAGGGGUGGGUUGUGGGCUUUAUUUAUUGUGAAUCUAGUUUGUGAGGCUGUGGCCCCAGCAGGGAGGGAGGGAAGGAAGGAGGGGGGGCAGCUGGCUGGGGAGGCGAAGAGGGCCCUGACCUGGGCCAGAAGGGGCCGGCGAGUGGCGUCUCCUCACCCGGAAGCCGCCAGGUGGCUGGCCCCAGCAGUGGCUUUUGUUGGAAGUUGAGCGAAGGCCCUCCCCCGUGUGCGUGCAGCCCCUGGGGAAGACCGGGACUGAGAAGCAGGGGAUAGGGGAUCCCGCGGGAGCCUGGGUGGGGGGGGCGUGGGGAGUAGGGCGGGGGGGUGGGGGGCCGGGUGGGCCGGGCGUGACGCGCGGUCAAAGUGCAAUGAUUUUUCAGUUUGGUUGGCUAAACAGGGUCAGAGCUGAGAGGGGAGCGGAAGGGACCCCCUGCCCGGCCGCACGCGCCCCUUCCCUCGAAGACAAUCGGGGCCGCGGGCGCGCUGGGCCCGCGGGAGCCGGGGUCUGCGGGGCGCCCGCCCGGGCGAGGUCGGAAGCUGCAGGCCAGCUGGGCCGGGGCGGGAGCGCGCCCGGCGGGGCUGCCCGGGCGGGCAGGGGGGUGGGGGCCGCUCCUUUCCCAAGUGUCGUUGUGAGGGGGCAGGCGAGGGGCGACGAGGGCGACAGGAGAUGUGGGGACGUGUUAGAAGAGAAAAAAAAAAAACCCACAAAAAAUAUAUAUGGGGGAAAUGAACUUUUUUUUUCAUUGAACCAAGUGCAAUGCAUCAGAGAGUUUUCCUAUCUUUGUAUGUUAAGAGAUUGUUAAGAAAAAUUCUAUUUUUGUUGUAAUGUCCUCGCGGCUCUGGGGACGCUAAAAGAACUGGGCCUGCCCCGCCCUGCGCGGGGAUAACGAAAGCUGAGUGUUUUUUCCUUUUUUUUUUUUUUUUUUUCGUUCGUUUUCAGUUUUUUUUUUUUUUUUUUAAGUCGUUUUCCUGCGUUGACGAGGAUGAUCUGGGGUUUUUAUUUGUUUCGUCGUUCGUUCUCGGUUUCGGUGGGAGGGCUGAAGGAAACGUUCACAUUUUAGAGUUAAAAAAAAAAAAACACCUGGACAUUAAAAAAAAAAAAAAAAA